UCCAAACAGGAGCGAGAGAGGAGACUUAUCCAAUCCUGAAUCCUCCUCUCCUCCUCCCUCAUUUGCCCACAAUGAUUUCCCUUUCCCCAAUUUUCCUCUACAACCAAACAAAACCCUCCCGAAUAUUCGCAUACCAAAAAAAAUGGAACAAAAUCCCCCUUCAGAGAACUGAAUAAAUUCAAAAUUAUCAGAAAUUUCUCAACCCUUUUUCCCAGCACCAUCCGAUGGCGCUCAUAAUCCCGUCGCGGGGAAUUUCAUCGCUCGCCCGAAGGGAAACGCCAGCGAGCAUUAUUCCGAGUGUCAGAAGAAGAAAUGUUAGGUUCAGUGUUUGUUCGGGUGUUAAGGAUUUGCAGAAGGAGGUUUUGAAAUUGAGGGGUGAUGAUAAUUAUGAGGAUAAUGUGUGGUGGUUGUAUGGGCAGGUGAAGCAAAAUGGGCCGGCGCCGUUUCCGUCGAGUAAGACUGAGGAUGACGAGGGUAAGAAGCAGGAUUAUUAUGUCAACACCGGUUACGCGAUUCGUUCCCUCCGAGAGGAGUUUCCGGAGCUUUUCUACAGAGAGCUCAGCUUUGAUAUCUACAGGGAUGAUAUUGUCUUCAAAGAUCCACUCAACACCUUUUCUGGUAUACAGAACUAUAAGUCCAUCUUCUGGGCAUUGAGAUUUCAUGGAAGAAUCUUCUUUAGGGCCUUGUGGGUGGACAUUGUAAGCAUAUGGCAGCCUGUGGAGAACAUGAUAAUGGUUCGUUGGACUGUUCAUGGCAUUCUACGAAUUCCAUGGGAGAGACGUAGCAGAUUUGAUGGCACCUCAGAGUACAAGCUUGAUAAGGAUGGGAAGAUCCACGAGCACAAAGUUCAUAAUAUUGCUCUGAACGGACCCCAAAAGUUUCAAGUACUAGCUGUGGAGCAGUUGAUUCAGUCAAUUGGCUGCCCCUCCACUCCAAAGCCAACUUAUUUCGAGUUUUCAUCUUCUUCAACGACAGAUACUGGUCCAUUAGUGAAAAUCUCUGCUGUCAAACACUAUUUAGUUUCUGGUCUAACCAGAUGGUUGAAUUCUGAGGCUGAAUCAUGAUGGAGCACGUAGAGUUGUUUCGUGUUAUUAAAGUUUUGGUUAGUAUAUAACUGAGCCUUGCACUUGCUGUAUGCCACCCUGUAGCCCCAGGUUCUCUUUAGGUGCUUCGUAAAGGUCUAUGCUCCAGGGCAUAUGUAAUGGGUGUUGAUAGCAACUGGAGGUUGUAAACCUUGUAUAUUCCAAGUUCUCUGUAUAGUAUAUCAGACAAGUAUAUCUACUGGCGACCAAUGUGGUUUGUCAGUUGUAAAGCUAGUGUGUAAUAUCUGAGCAUGAACGAGAGUAUCUUAGAACAAUAA